AAAUUGUUUUCUCAAACCCAAAAAACCUAAAACCUUAAACCUCCGUAUGUGUUCCGUCGUUAGCCUCCUGCUAAUCUCCAUCUCAGAUCGCAAUUUCUCCCUUUUCCGGUCACUGCUCCGGCUUACGACUAUAGCGUUCCGAGAUAAAGUUCGGCUGUGUUAAUUAAAUUCGCCGUCGGAGGGAUUUUACGGAUAUGGCUGUUGUUGAAUCGCAUGGGGAUUUAGGUUAUUGUCGAUUGAGGUAAAUGGAUGUCGAGGGUUUGCUCAACUCUUCGCUCUCCUUAUCUUUGAAGCUGGUUCUAUAGAUUGGUUAGUAGAUCUUACAAAUUGCAAAGAUUGGAGAUUUGGGGGAUUUGAAUAAGCUACAUGUUAUUCGGGUAUGUUUAGGCUCGAGGGAGGCCCUGGAUCAUGCUAUCUCUGCGACACAUUCGCAGAUUCUGCCAUUUUCCUUCCUCUGCAGCCACUGGUAUUGCAUAUGUUUCAACAGAGUCCAAUCAGAUCCAGGGUUUGAAACCGCUCGAGGAACCUGCCCUUGUGAAGCUUAAAUCUGAGCGAGACCCUGAGAAGCUAUACAAUCUCUUUAAAGCUAAUGCCACUAACCGUUUGGUGAUUGAAAAUCGAUUUGCUUUUGAAGAUACGGUCUCUAGAUUAGCUGGGGCAGGUCGGCUUGAUUUCAUUGAGGAUCUGCUUGAGCAUCAGAAGACACUUCCACAAGGUAGGCGUGAGGGUUUCAUUGUUAGGAUUAUAAUGUUGUAUGGCAAGGCUGGAAUGACGAAGCAAGCACUUGAUACUUUCUUCAAUAUGGAUUUAUACGGUUGCAAAAGAUCUGUUAAGUCCUUCAAUGCCGCUCUUCAAGUCUUAUCUUUCAAUCCUGAUCUCCACACCAUCUGGGAGUUCCUUCACGACGCCCCAUCGAAGUAUGGCAUUGAUAUUGAUGCGGUUUCUUUUAACAUUGCCAUUAAAUCUUUCUGUGAGCUGGGUAUUCUUGACGGGGCCUAUAUGGCAAUGAGGGAGAUGGAGAAAUCAGGGUUAACACCAGAUGUAGUUACAUAUACUACACUUAUAUCGGCGUUAUACAAGCACGAGAGGUGUGUGAUUGGAAAUGGAUUGUGGAACCUUAUGGUCCUCAAGGGCUGUAAGCCGAACCUCACCACUUUUAAUGUUAGGAUUCAGUUUUUAGUGAAUAGGAGACGAGCUUGGGAUGCAAAUGAUCUGUUGCUGUUGAUGCCUAAACUCCAGGUGGAACCGGACAGCAUAACAUAUAACAUGGUUAUCAAAGGGUUUUUCCUUGCGAGGUUCCCUGACAUGGCGGAAAGAGUUUAUACAGCGAUGCAUGGUAAGGGGUACAAACCCAAUUUGAAGAUAUACCAGACGAUGAUUCACUAUUUGUGCAAGGCAGGAAAUUUUGAUUUGGCUUAUACAAUGUGCAAGGAUUGUAUGAGAAAGAAGUGGUACCCAAACUUGGACACAGUUGAGAUGUUGCUCAAAGGGCUUGUGAAAAAGGGGCAGCUUGAUCAGGCUAAGUCGAUCAUGGAGUUAGUUCACAGAAGAGUACCUCCUUUCAGGUCAAAACAGUUGCUCUCCCUUAAGUCCAUUUUGUAAUGUUUACAUGAAAUGGAACAAAUUUGCUACAUGUACACGACAAUGCGGCCAAAAGAAUUCUUUCUUUCUUUCUCCUGAGUUUAUUUUGUAUAGCUGUGGUGGAACUGGAAAUGGGAUGUAGCCUCAUAUUAGGAGGCACACUUAUCUUCCAAUCAGAUUCAACUAUUUGUUGUUCAAUGUGAAUAAAGCUUAGGAUGAUUUGGAAACUUCAAUGGAGGGAUACCCACUGGAGAGCAAAAUGGCAUACACAAAGCAGGGACCAUGUGCUGAAGAAACCAAAAGGAUCUUCGUCUGACGAUGCAAAAGCUCUUGAGCACCUGGAAAAAUGAGUUAUGUUGUAAGCUUCAUCUAGCCAAAUUAAAAGCACUAAACAUAUAACAAAGGAUAUCAACGUUGAUAGCUUUUUCUUGAUAUAGCACGAAUGUAAACAACAGAGAAUAGAACAGAGACAACAUUACCAGCAAUGAAUAUUUUUAUUAUUAUGUCGAAUAAAUACAUUUUCCCACAAGUGACAGAGCAAACAAAAUUCA